UUCGAUACAUGGAGGGGGAAACACAGGUUUGCAGCGUUAGGUCUGACACACGCAUUUCAGCUUUCGUGGAAGAUGGACUUGGGUGGAGAACGAUAUUAUAUGCUGAAUAGGAUUCUUCUGUUGUCUCUCGGUCUGUGGCCUGAUGAUAUUUCAACUUUCAAGAAAGUACAAAUAAUGUUUUAUCAAACGUUAUUCAUAUCCUUCCUAAUAUGUCAGUGCAUUCCAUUGUUUAUAAAACAGUACAGCAUCGUGUGUAUUAUUAAAAUGUUGUCAUACAUUGUUAUGACUUGUAUAUAUAUUCUGACGUAUAACACAUGUCUGCUACUCAAUGAUAACAUCAAAUAUAUCUUCGACAGAGUUCGAUACGAUUGGAAUAUGUUAAAAGCUCAGGCAGAAUUGGAAGUUUUACGAAAAUUUGCAAACGAAACAAAAUUCCAUACGAUCUUUAUUUUUCUUGUGAAUACGAGCGCUGCGUUGGGAGUAGUUAUAAUAAGUUGUAUUCCCCGUGUACUUGAUGUGUUUAUACCAAUGAAUGAAUCACGUUCGCUACAAAUGAUAAUUACUCUGGAAUACUUUGUCGACGAAGAAUCAUAUUUUUUCGCUAUUUUGACGCAUAUGUUCUUAACUAUUUAUGUUGGAAGCAUUACAAUAACAGCUACGGCAACAGUAAUCCUAAUAUACAUUUCGCACACUUGCGCUUUGUUUAAAAUCGCUAG